AUGGAACCUGACGAGGCAUUUAUUAGGGCGUUCCUCAACGCAUGCGCCUCCGGAGAUCUUUCAAGCACACAAGAAGCCAUCUCCAGCGGGCGAUUAAGUACUGAGAACCUCGACGAGGGACUGGAACGCGCCGCGCGGGAAGCACACCCUGAUGUUGUGUCCAUUCUGUUUGACGCCGGCGCUCGUGCAAUUUCUGCGAAGGACUGGCUCACUGGGACACAACCUCAGAUGCCAGGCAUCAUUCGCCAGUUCUUUGACCAUGGCCUUGACCCUAAUUCGUCCCUAUCCAACGGCGAACCUUUUCUAUGCAUUCUACGAAACCCUCCCCAGGGCCAGGUUCCCCUUCGCGACUGGAGAGUCCCCCUCGCCCGUGCCCUUAAGAGCGUCAGUGGAGAAGAUCUAUCUAUGGUUGAGCUACUUCUUGCCUAUGGAGCCAAGCUAGAAUCACAUCUCCUCUUUAGAGUUAUAGAUCGGCGCGUGAGGGAAAUGGAAUUCACGACCAAGUUUCUUUUAGCUAAUGGCCUCGAUCCCAAUACAACACAUGAGAUAUUGGGCACUCCUCUACACCGCGCUAUUGCUCUUGGCCUGACGGAUAUCAUCAAAGUGCUGCUAGACGCAGGCGCGGACCGCACUGCUCGACCAGCGGGCACGCCACACCAUGACGAGUCCCCCUUGCAACUUGCUGAGAGGUCAGAAAGUCCUGCGAAGCAGGCUAUGCUUGAUAUCCUGGGGUCUGAAUAG